AACUUAUCGGUUGGACGAUUUAAUGAAAUAUCUUCAAAAUCGAAAAAUACGAAAUAGUGCUGCUCCAAAACGUUUGGAUGAGUGCAUAUAUACUCCGUUUUCCUUCCGUCCACCUAAACCACCAACUACUGCUGAUCUUUUAGGCAUUGACGAUGUAAUAAUCCCUUCUCAAGAACAAUCAAUUCCUGAAGUUAUUUUCUUUGAUUACGGUGUUGUUGUCAUCUGGGGCAUGAAAGAAGUUGAAGAAAAAAAUCUAUUACGGGAAUUAGUUGCCUUCGAGGACGAAAAAUUAUCUGAAGAGGAUGUUGAAACUGAAGAAUUUCAUUUUCAUUACGAUGCUUCUUAUCAGCCAAGAAUCUAUAAUGAUGUGAUUACUCUUAAACAUCCCGGCAAUUAUAUGGUGAAAGUUACAAUAUCUCACGCGAUUGCUCAAUCUGUCAAAAUGACCUUAUUUGAAGGAUUAAUUGAAGAUACAAUCGAAGCUACAAAACAUAUUCCAAUAACAAUGGCGGAAACGGGUAAAGUCUCUAUGUCAAGAACCGCCAUUACCAAAAAAAUUGGUCAGUUGUUCAUAAUGCGAAUAAAUAUCAAUUUAGUUAGCAAUAUUUUAGAUACUCCUGAAAUUUUUUGGUCUGAGCCUGCUUAUGAACCGUUAUACGAAGCUAUAAGAGGUUAUCUUGAAAUCUCUCAACGGGUCGAACUACUCAAUCAAAGAGUGGCUGUUAUAAGCGAUCUCUUAGAUAUGCUUAAAGAACAUUUAACAAGUUCACACGGCGAACAACUCGAAUGGAUAGUAAUUAUUCUUAUCG